CACUAUUCAACAGUUAACAACUGUAAAUUUUAUUACAGUACUCUACAGUAAAAUGACAUGUGUAACAUCUGACCAGGAUUUUAACAACGUUUGACCCAGUUACAGUAAUGUUUGCUAACGAGCAUCCCUGCGAAGGAGAGGAGAGAGACAGUGAGGUUCAACCAUCAAAUAUGCCAUGAAGCAGAUGAACACGGGCCACGCCGCAGGUUGACAGAGAGGACCACAGGCACCUGUUGAGAUCAGGAAGGAGUUGCACUUUUCUCUCUCAGGACUCAGGAAGACUCGAUCCCAAUCCAAGCCCGCCCUGAUUUGCACCGACAGACAGCCAUGGUGUGGGGCUGCGUCAGUGACUUCUUCACCUACGAGACCACCAAGUCUGUGGUGGUCAAGAGCUGGUCUGUGGGCAUUAUCAACCGGAUUGUGCAGCUGCUCAUCAUCGCAUAUUUUGUCAGCUGGGUCUUCAUCCACGAGAAAGCCUACCAGGUGACCGACACCAGCAUCGAGUCCUCUGUGAUGACUAAAGUCAAAGGCUUCGGUUACUAUCACAACCGAGUGAUGGACGUGGCCGACUACGUCUUCCCCCAACAGGGUGCAGCUGUGUUCUGCAUCAUUACCGGACUCAUCCUCACCGAGAAUCAGUUCCAAGGAAAAUGUGCAGAGUCUGACAAAAUGUUUAGAUGUAACACAAGUGAAAACUGCAGCAAACAUUAUGGCAGCAUCCUUUCAAAUGGUGUAAUUACGGGUGUUUGCCUUAAACCCUCCAAUGAAUCUGAGGGUCAGUGUCAGAUUGAAGGAUGGUGUCCAGCAGAGAAUAAAGCAGAGAACAAAGCGAUGCUGAAUGUGGAAAACUUCACAAUCUUCAUCAAGAACAGUAUUCGCUUCCCUCUCUUUAAUGUCACCAGAGGAAACUUUCCAUCCACAAUGACGACAUCAGAAAUCAAGAAUUGUAUCUACCAUCCAGAGACGAAGCCCUUCUGCCCCAUCUUUCGUGUGGGCGAUGUGCUGAACUACACCGGGCAGAAUAUGGAGAGCCUGAAAAUGGGUGGAGAAAUAGGAAUAAACAUUCAGUGGAAGUGUAACCUGGACUUGAGCAUCGAAUAUUGUGUACCCAGGUACUCCUUCACGCGACUGGACGCACCAUUUGCCAAAAAUGCCGUCUCCAAAGGCUACAACUUCAGGUUUGCCAAAUAUUUCAAGAUGGAGAAUGGGACUGAAUUUCGGACACUCCAUAAAGCAUUUGCAAUCCGCUUUGAUGUUAUGGUCACUGGCAAUGCAGGAAAGUUUGACACAAUCCCAACGCUCAUCAACCUGGUAGCUGCCUUCACCUCCGUUGGACUGGGUACGGUUCUCUGUGACGUCAUCUUAUUGAACUUCCUGAAAGGGGCCGAGCAGUACAAAGCCAAGAAAUUCGAAGAGGUGUCAGACGCUCAGAUAGAAGCAUCUCUCGCUCAGAGCCCUGGUAGCUCGCUGUCACUCAAACCAGAGCCAGUAUCCAGGCAGGGAGAACAGGCCGGCGUGCAGGUGGCACCUCCUCCUCUAUCGCUGCCUGCUCCACCUCAAACUCCUGCUCUAUGACAGAGUCCUCCUCCGCCCCCAAAUCAUCCUCUGAGUCUGUAGCAUCCAUAUCCAGUUCGGCCGGCGCUAUGGCAACCACCU